CCACCCCAUCGUGUGCCGUGUUGACCGUCAUAGGUGCUCGCUAACAACACUUGCCCCAACAUUCUGUUACAGCCUAUACGGGGGAUCUUUGUCUUUGCACUAGCUCCCUACUUUCGUUCUGCUCUGUCUCAAUCGCCUACUCUUUCUCGUCUCUCUUCCUCGAAUCUCCUCUAUUGAUGCCUCCACAUUCUCGCCUCCUCCUCUAACGGCUGCACUCUCUCCCUCUCCCCUCUCUAUUUUUCUACUUUCGCUUCUCCUCUCCUGCAUCCCAUUGAUCGCCUCCCUCUAAUUUUCUCGCUACGCUCUCCAUUCUCAUCUCUCGUUUCCAGACUCCCUCUCUCCCUCCCCCUCCUUCCAUCACCCUCCCUUUUCACCUCCCUCCUCUCCCUCUCCUCCCCACUCUCUCUCUCAUUCCUCCACUCUCGGCUGACUCCCCGCCGUCUCCUCUCUCUCUGCUCUGAUUCUCCCCGCUCUCUCUCCCUCUCUCGCGCUCUGCCCGUGGCCGCUCUCAGCAGCGGGAGAGGAGCUCGCAGACUCGCGAGGUGGAGCAGCGGCAGGCGGGAAGCGGAGACAUGGAGCCCGGAGCUCGCACCGCCAAAGUUCGAUACCGAGACGUGGGGAGACGAGGCGCGCUGGCCGCCGGCUGACCGGCGAUCCUCCCACCCACCUAUCCACCUGCCUCGAGGUGUUAAGACUCUUGCUGCUCCUCAUCUCAACCUCCACCCCGACCCAGCCCCCAACCCCUUUCCCAUGCCCCCCCAACCCCAGCUACCCCUCCAUCCCCCGACGGCGUCGCACAACGCGCAAUGUCUCCCCGACCCGCUCCGCUCCCGGGCCUCGCAUUGGCUGCCUACUGCGUCCUGGUGUCUGCCGGGAACUCAUCUCCCCUGGGAGGGCACCACUCCCCAUCCUCCUCCUCGUCCACCUCCUCGACGUCACAGGCUCUGCGCUCCUUCCUGCGGGAGCCCCUGUGCCGGGAGCCGUGCUCCUGCUUGGAGCGCGAGGGCCUCCUUGAGAUGAACUGCGAGGGCCGCGGCGUGACCUCCGUGGCGCGCCUCCCGGCGCCCCUCACGUCCCGUGCCAGCGCCGGCACGGCGCCGCCUCCGCCCUUCUCCCUGCUCCUCGGCGGCAACUCCAUCAGCCGUGUGGGGCCGGGUGACUUCGCCAACUUCUCACGCGUCUUGCUGCUCAGCCUCUCGGGCAACGGCCUUCGUGCGGCGCACGAUGGCGCCUUUGAGGGCCUGCGCUCGGCCCGCAAGCUCUUCCUAAGCAACAACCGCCUGGAGGUGCUACGAAACGACACCUUCCUGGGCCUGCACUCGCUCGAGUACCUGCAGGUGGACUACAACCUCGUCCGCCGCGUGCAGCCUGCCGCCUUCUCGCCACUGCCCCGCCUCAAGGUGCUCAUCCUCAACGACAACGUGCUCACGGGCCUGCCGGCGCACGCCUUCCGCGGGCUGGCGCUCACCCACCUGGACCUGCGCGGCAACCGCAUCAAGACGCUGCCCCUGCCUGGGCUGCUCGAGCACCUGGGCCGCCUGAGCGAGCUGCAGCUCGGCGAGAACCCAUGGAAUUGCUCGUGUGCGUCGCUGCCCAUGCGCCGCUGGCUCGAGCAGAUCCCCUACUCCACGCUGGUCGGCGAAGUGAUGUGCGAGUACCCAUUCCGCGUGCACGGAAAGCUGCUCCGCGAGCUGUCGCGCCACGAAGUCUGCUCGCGCCGCAUGAUGAUGCAGGCGGCAGGCGCCGGCAGGGUCCACGUGGGCGGGGGACACGGGGGCGACGCUCGAGCGGGAGGAGGAGGUUACGGCGCCGCUGACGACGAUGACGACGAAGGUGAAGAUGAUGAACCGGGAGGUGGAGGCCUCAUGCCCAGAAGGCCGAAGCCUCCGGGCGGCGCUGCCGCCCCCAAGCCGGUGACGCCGAGCCCCACCGCCAAGCCUAGCAGCAGCAUCGCCGCCGCCGACAAAACCCUGGGCCUCAACCGACCCGGGCAGAGUGACCUCCCGCCACACGCCAAGAUCCCGGCGCCUUCCCCUCCCCGGGGCGCUACGCGGGCCCCUCCGCGGCCGGCACGCGUGCACGCCCAUGGCGAUGCCGCCGCAACAACGGCCAGCCCGGCACGACCCCCUAUCCCCGUGGAGUGCCCGCGGCCGUGCCGCUGUCUCGUGCACAACGUGGACCUGGGCCUACGCGUCAACUGCCAGGAGCGGGGGCUGGGCCGCGUGGCCACCCUGCGCCCGCGGCCCUCCGACCCACGCCAGUUCUACCUGACGGGCAACCAGCUGCACGGCGUGAUGCGUGCCGACUUCCGUGGCUACUCGGGCCUGGAACUGCUGCACCUGGCCAACAACCGCAUCUCCUUCGUGCAGGAUGGUGCCUUCGCAUCGCUGCCCUCGCUGCGCCGGCUCUACCUCAAUGGCAACGAUCUGGCGCGCGUCACGCCUGAAAUGCUGGCCGGCCUCUCAGGCCUGCACUACCUCUACCUGGAGGGCAAUGUGAUCCGCGAGGUGGAGGCCGGCGCGCUGGAUGGCAUGCGCAGCCUGCAGCUCGUCUUCCUGGGGCGCAACCUCCUGCGCUCUCUGCCCGCCGGCCUCUUCUCGGGCGCGACCCGCCUCGCACGCCUCGACCUGCGGGGCAACCACCUGGCGUGGCUCGCAGCACGCGCCGUGCUGGAGCCCGUCACGGGGUUCGUGCAGGUGGACCUGCAAGAGAACCCGUGGGACUGCUCCUGCCCGCUGGCCGAGCUGCGCCGCUGGGCCGUGCGGCUCAGCAGUGGCGUGCUCGUGGGCGGCCUGACCUGCGAGUCACCCGAGGAGCUCGCCGGCCGAGACCUGCGCUCCGUGCCGCUGGACACGCUGUGCCCCAACCGCACGCGCGGGCCCCUGCCGGUCCCGGCCGGCGAGGGCCGCGCCGGCGGUAACGCCAGUGUCCUGCUUGGUACCAGCGCCAACGACGGUGGUGAAGGUCGCAACAGCAGUGGCGGCGCCGGCAACGGGAGCGGCGCGGGUAUUUGGAUGGUGCCCACAUGGCCGCAGGUGGAGGCCACUACCUGUGCGGGUACGGCCGCUCCCGCUUGGGCUUCCGUCCCUGCGGGACCCGUGCCCCUCUCCGUGCUCAUCCUGGGCUUGCUGCUCGUGCUGCUGUGCGCCGUCUUCGUGGCCGCCGGCUGGCUCGUGUUCGUGUUGCGGCGGCGGCGGUGCCGGCGGAGGAGGAGGAGGAGGGGGGGAGGUGGCGGCGGGGCCGGCCGCAGGGGCAGGCGGAGGAAUGGGCGCACGAGGCUCCAGGACGAUGCCAAGCGCUCCUCCAAGGUGGCGGGGGAAGGCGUGGGAGGGGGCGGCAGCAGCCAUGGAGGAGGAGGACCAGGGGGAGGCGUGGACUUCUUCGAGCCGGAGGGCGGCGCCAUAUCUGUGUACGACCCGCGCUCGACCACCCCCAACCUCCUGCAUGAGAACCCCAUCUACAACCCCCAUGGGGACGACGAGGAGGAGGGGGAGGACGAUGAAGAUGAUGACGACGAUGAAGAUGAUGAUGACACCAUGGUGGCCAACAAGGGGGGGGAGGCCGCUAGCUCCAAGGCCCCGCUCCGGCCGGGCACGGCUGUCUCGGCGCCUCGGCACGCCGGUGGCCUGCACGAGCUCUCGUGCCACGCGCUGCGCUGCGACGAGCGGCUGCGCUACUGCGAGGUGCGUGGCGCAGACGCGCCUUUCCGCCGCCUGGCCGAGGAGCGGCCCCCGGCGUCCGUGGGGGCGGCCGAAGCUGUGGCCAAGGGCGGGUGCGGCGGGGAGUACCUGGAGCUGCGGGUACGGCUGCAACAGCAGCAUCAGCAGCAUCAUCAUCAGCAGCAACAACAGCAUCAGCAACAGCAUCAUCAUCAUCAGCAACAACAGCAGCAACAAAAUCAGCAGCAGCAUCAAGCCGAGACGGAUUACCUGGAGGUUCUGCAAGGCCAGGUAGCUCUCAGCCACCUGUGACAAUUCACCUCCCUUCUCACGUCUCUCCCAUCUACGUACGAAAUGUAUACUAUUGUUAUAACAUUUCUACCAAGCCCAUAUCUUACAGAGAGGGGACCCUCGUCCAUAAACUUCUGGCAGUCCAUCAGCACUGGCUCAAGCCCCCCUCACUCGGAAUGAUGAGUCACUGAAUGUUGAAACCGGCUCAGGGUUUGCUUUGUGUUGAACCCGAUGCUGCCAGGGGUGUGCGCUCCCAAAAGUUCCGCGAUGCCGAUGGGAUAUUCGAGUGGCUGAAGCCUCCUUGCCACCGAGACGUGGGUUCAUCAGUUACCAUAUCCGGAGGUGUUUUUUUUGUCCUCAAUGCCCAUGAAUGUUGAGUCCAAACCCUCCAGCCAGGUAGACUUGGCCCGUCGUUGUCUCUCUGGGGUGGACGAGGAGAGCACGCGCUGGCAGGUGGGCAGUGGGUCCCCUAUUGAAGUAACUCUCCACAUUCCACAUGUCCACGUCGCAGAGCGGCCAAAACUGAUUUUAUAUAUAUCGACCAGUGAAGGACGUCGAAGUGAGCUCCUGCACAAAUGAGCAGUGAUUGGGGCACUGGUGCUCAUUUCCGUUUACAGCCCUGCAGAGCCAGUGGCGGAUAUUCCACAUUCCAAUGAUAGGGACGAGUAUGAACCGUAUAGGAUGAUCACUGUUGAUCUUGCCCACAAUGUGGUUCUUCUGUUAUUGACCGCAGAAGGACGGUGGGUUGAGUAAAGCCCUCCUAACCAGAAUUUGAACUUGGAAUAUCAUCAUCAUCACCAUCAUCCCUCUAUGUGAAAUUAAACGAGCAUUGCUUUAUGAAAAAGUAAUUGUAUAUUUUGCUAUGUGGAGAAAACGGACACUAAUUGGGAAUCUGAAAUAUCCAUCAGUAGAUAAGAAGGGAGAAGCUUUGUCUUUUCUUUCUCAUGACUGGUGAGUGAAUCAGAGGUGACCUGCUCACAUGAACCACCUUUGCAGGGUUUGACCCUGGUCCAUCCAGGACAUUGGCAUCUUCUGUGUUCGAUGUUCAGCAGAGUUGAUGUGUACUGAGAUAUUGGUCCCGGUUUGUUGCCGUGUUGAACUUUCUUCGCAGGAUACUGCACGGCUUUGACGACUUCGCGCUGACCGAGAGAACGCGUCCGUCCAGUUUGUUUCUGCAUCGGGAUUGGUGGUGAACCAGAGCAAUGCGCGUGGACAUGCCAACGUGCAUGAAAUCAGAGAACGUUUCAGGAAAUUGUAAGUUCAUUUUCUGACAUUCAGAUCAAGACAGCUGGAAUUUGCAAGUUUUUGGCAACACUGUCAGAGAAACGUGUGGGUUUCUGGAAAGUGUAAGAAACACUUUCAGGGCUCAUCAUCUGCACUUUUAAGACUCUGGAGAUGUCUCGAGUUUCAAUCAACGCGGGUGGGUUUCCCACUUUUACACUGUGGUCAUUGAAUGAGCCAAUUUUCAGGCAGAAGCUUCUGAAUUAUUAUGCAAUUCCUGACGUUUUUUGUUAAAAAACGUCUCAGCUGAAGAAUUUUUUUAAAUCUACAAAUGUGAGUCAAUCGUUUUCAACUCUCUUUAUGAAAUCAGGACACCUCGCCGAGCCUCAGCAAUGCGCUCGGGAUGCUCGGACAAUUCCUGUCCAUCCGUUUCAAUUACGCGAGGGAGGAACGCAGAAGUGCCCAGAGGACACCCGUGCACGCAAACGUGGAGAGUGCUUCAACAAUGUUACCACCGCACAGACAACAUGACCUUACCCUGGCUUGGCAUAGUCGCUGUGCUGGCCUUCACGCAAAUUACAUUUUCCUCACGUAGAUCAUCAUCUUGACGGGCCGUGUCUCCUUUGCGCGAACCACCAACCCCCUCCUUCACCCUCCGUCUCUACAGGUCAGGAAAGGCUCAGUGAGUCCCAAGACUAUUUGUCAGGAGGGUCCUGCUUGCGAGAUGUUUGGCAGAUUCCGUACUGAAGUAAUCUUUUGUGCACGAGAAAGCCCAUGGAGACGCACGGAAAAUACGAGAGGAUAACCUGCUGCACCGCCUUCUACAAACACCGCCUCGCUCCAUCUAUGAGUGACCCACCAACUCCACCCCCUGAGUCUUUCUGGAUUACGGAACUGCAUCAUUGCCACCUCCUACGAUGUGGAGAUGAUGAUGACGAUGAUGAUCGUGGGAGGCUGUUGGUAAGUGUUGGACCAUGUCGGAAUAAGUUGUGACCUUGAGUAGUAAUCCCGCCGAAACGAUAUGCCACUUAAAAGCACGCGAUCACUUCCAUGAGAGGAACCUGGAACACGGGGGAGACCUGUGCGACGUUUCGAGCAGAGAUCUUAAUGAUUCAGAGUUGAUUUUGUUUGUUCGGGGCUUGGGUCACGAUGUAAAUGUGGCGGUCAAAUUUGCGUGUCUUAAUACCAUCCGACAUAGCCACCAAACAAUUAAACGUGUUAAACGGUGUACAAGUUUUUGUAUCAUAAUAUUUAAUCGUGGUUUCAACUCACCAGUAGAGAACGAUUCUCACAGGCAUAUUUAAUUUGUUUGGCUCUCGUCAGAUGGCGGAGGGUCUUACGACACGAAUUUGGCCCGCAUCUUGACGUGGGGACAGCUUACUCGUUAAAAAUAAAUUCCGAUUCAAAGUAAUAACCAACUGCGAAAAAAAAACCCUGCUACUGCUGUGCGUUAGCAGCGUGUGAUUGUUAAACUGCAGGACACGUUCCCCAGGAAUGUACAUUAUCAAUACCAGGCGGAGUGAGUGCAGUGAAACGUGAUGCAAGAUCUUUAUACUUAAUAAAUGGGAAUUUGCAAUGCACAUACCAGCAGAUGUUGCCCAUAGAUAUAUAUAUGUAGAUAUAUUAAUGAUCAUUAUUUUAUGACUGUGUUUCCACGGUUAGUGUGCAGUAGUUAUUAAUGAGCUGAAGCGGAGCUGGCCGGUCGGCGAUUGUGGUUAGACGCAGCAGCAUACAUUAGGCACAUGACAAUUCCUCAAUUUUAUUAUCAAUUAAAAUUCCACUAUUACACUCACGGUGCGUGCGUCAAACCAUGUGUGUGUGUUUGUGUGAGGAUCGAUUCUUUGUGAUGGAUGUGGUUUUUUGUAAAUCUUGAUACUUCCGUAGAGUCACAUCCUACGGAUUCACUGCACUGUGGAUGCUACAGAUUUAAUCCAUUGUGGAUCCAGCAGAUUCACUCAACUGUGGAUCCUACAGAUUCACUCCUCUGUGGAUGCUACAUAUUCACUCCACUGUGGAUGCUACAGAUUCACUCCACUGUGGAUCGUAUAGAUUCACUCCACUGUGGACGCUGCAGAUUCACUCCACUGUGGAUGCUACAUAUUCACUCCACUGUGGAUGCUACAGAUCCACUCCACUGUGGAUGCUACAGAUUAAUUCCACUAUGGAUCCUACAGAUUCACUCCAAUGUGCAUCCUACAGAUUUCAACUCUUACAGUUUCUACAUAUUUCCACCAUAAAACUUCCAUAGAUUACCACCACGACAGAAUCUACAACAUACCAAAACAAUGAUAUAGAAUGCACAAACCCUGACAUUCCAAUCAGCCUUGGUCGUUCAAAUCUGUGCUGCAACUUGUAAUUCAGUCCUACAAAGUAACACCCUUACCAGAUCUCGGUACAAAUCAACCCCUACCACCCGAACACAGAUUCCAAUUCCCGAACUGUCUGGGUCAAUGCUACCUAGCGGCCUGAGUUGUAAUUAUAACUCUUGCCUUGACAUUAACCAUAGCUUUAGCAGUGGCUCAUACCUUAACCCGAGGCAUUAACCCCCAGCUCUAACGAUAACACAAGGCAUCUGACUCUAUUCUUGAUAGGUUAGCAAACCUGUCAAGAGUCCAUUUGUGAUUGGAAAUUCUGACAAUUUGUCGAAUUGCAGUGGUGUUAAUUGAUAGAGGCUUACACGUAUUUAAGGGCACCACGGUGGCGAGAUGUUUACUACCUCGCCUGGUAUACAGGAGGUCGCGGGUUCGAUCCCUAUCGUGACGCCUGUAUACUGUAGUUGGAGUUUGCGUGUCUCUCUCCCCGUGGUCACGUGGGUUAUUCUCUGGGUGCUCCGGUGUUUCACUCCACAUGUGUGUAAAGUAUUUGGCUGCUAAUAUUUUUUUACGUGAUAAUCUACUUCAUUGAGUUAUCAUGGAUGGGCUGGUUGCUUCUAAGAAAAAAGCUAUAUAACUCAUUGGGCCUUACCUGCAAAAAAACAGAGUUUAGGUGAUGUGAAUUAAGUGCUUUCAGUUAGCUAUGGAAUGGGUUUUUUUCAACCGUUUAGCCAACUUUCUUAAUAUCUGUGGAACAUUGUUUCCAGUAUCAAAAUGAUGAAACAAUACGUAGAGGUUCUUCCCUUUUAGCAAUUAAACAGGAAGUGUAAAGACGUACAAACACCAAAUAGAUACCUUUUGCAAGGCAUCAGGUCUGCAUUAACCACACAUACUUGUAGCAAAACAUGCAAUCAUUCUCUGGUAAUAUAGCUCAACCCGAGCUAUAAAUGCUCUGAUACUUGUGUAGUGAUAUCGCUGGAUGUCAACAGGCUGUGGGUACAGUACCGGCCCUAGAGGGGCACGGCGUGCGCUAAAUAAUAGCGAUAGAUGGCAUCAUGCUUUAAGUGCAGUGCCGACCCUACAGGACAGGGUGUGUGGGUGCCGACUGAAGGAUGAGGUUGUGUGAGGCCAUGGCACUCUAGUUGACCCGGGAGGACACGUGACCGGUUAAGUUGACAAAGGGGCCCCAAUAGGGGGCUAGGGGGGGUCACGUGAUUGGGACCCAGAUCCUUCCCGAAGAUUCUGGAAGGUGAACGUGCCCAAGGGCGGUGCCGGCCACGCCACUGAGAAUAUAAGCCGGGUCCCGAGAGGGACCAGGGUUGUUGUUCAUCGUGGAAGAAACCCUUCAUCUACGUUCUCCGCUCAACAAUUCUCCAACACGUGGACCCGGCCCGAAGUUGUUGGUCCCGGUCUUUAGUAGCAGUUACGUUGUAACUAGUGUAGUUAGCCUGGUGGUCAUCACCUGGCUAACUACACCAGUCACGUGGUAACUAGUGUAGUUAGCCUGGUGGUCACCAUCUUAGGUUGUUAUUCUGUUAAGGGGAGUUACCCAGUGUGUUGGAAGUGAAUAAAUGUGUUGCCUCCAA